AUGGGGAAAGACAAGAGGGUAGAGAAAGAGAAAGCGGGACAGGGACAGGGAGAGUACGGGGAGUCAGGAUGAGAGGAAAUAUCUCUGCUCUAUGCUGUAAAGGGUAUAGUAAAUAUUGAGUAUAGUAAUCAUGUUAUAGUCAAGUUCAUGCCAAACACUGUAUUCCAGUCUGUCCAAAUACGUGAGUAAAGUUGUGACAGAUAUGUGAGUAACACAUAGAUUGAUACUGUCACCCACAGAGCGGACAACAUAUUCAGCAACAUCUGCAUCUGUGAGCUUAGAUAACCAGACUUGGGCCCUGGCAUAAAACUGAAAAGCCAAAAAAAGACGUGACUCAAGAAAAGUCCAGAUGUUAGAGAAACAGACAGCAACUCACUCCAGGUAGCCAUGCUGCAAAGAACAUUCAUGAACAUUCCUGCAUCAAAAGUCAAGAAAGGGAACCUGUAAGACGGAUUUUUUUUUGUAAACAGACAAAGAAAAUACUUUUAUUAAUUCAAAAUACACAUAUAUUAAAAUGUCAGACUUUUUCCAAAUAGAGGGCUUAAGGUUGGACACACAACAUCUUUAGCUGCCCAUAAUUGCUAAGAGAUAGUGAAUCAAAUAUGUCACACUUCAUUGUCAUGGCUCUUCCGAGCUACACAUUUUUUUUAUUAUCAGAGGGGUGAAAUACUUUUUAUGUCGAAUACCUAUAAGUAUUUGAAGGUGUGCUUGAUUGAGCUAUUGAAACAAAACAAGUAUUAGAAAAUAUUUUUGAUGAUUUUGACAGGUGUGGUCAUUAUACAUGAGAGUUUGGCCUCUAUCGUGCAAGGCCAAAACCAUAACUGCCCAUCAUCUUUAAGGCAUUUAGUAGUACCCAAAACUGUGACAACAAAGGAAAGAGCUUCACAGGAGACCUCUUUUUAUUUUUGUUUGUCAGUUGCUUCUUUAUUUGGGAUAAUUAGAAUCAACAAUAUUGUUUUGAUCAAGUUUGAUCAUAUACCUCCUGUAGCUCAAUUGGUAGAGCAUGGCGCUUACAACGCCAGGGUUGUGGGUUCGUUUCCCACGGGGGGCCUGUAUGAAAAAUGUAUGCACUCACUAACUGUAAGUUGCUCUGGAUAAGAGCAUCUGCUAAAUUACUAAAAUGUAAAUAUACAAUAACCAAAUUAGUAUGAUUAGUGUCCUCACUCUGGAAAUGUGGAAAAAGUUAGGAGGAAAACAUAAGAGGAACAAAAUCUAUUAAAUGGCAGCUUGAGAAAGCAAGCUGUCCCCCCAGUUCCAAGGAGUUUGAUUCUCAUCCCCACCCCACUGACAAUAAUGACGUUUAAUGAGAUAUGGGGGACGUCUGCAGUGUGCACUGAAGCAAAUUAUUCCCAGGGGGGGGGACUGGGGACCAAGCGGCUUGUUUUUGUCCAGCACAGAGGGCCACUAGCCAAGGUCAACCGCAUUGGCCUGUGGGGCUGCCACUCAGCGACCCAGGCCAUGAGUCUGUGACAUGUCGUGUCUGUCUGCUUUUGUAUUCACACUCCCCACCUUGAUUGUCUGAGUGAGAUAAGCCUUGGAGGUGCCUGUCUUGCUCCAUUGUGUGGCCCCUGUUGUCAAUGUUGUCAACCCAUCAAGCCCAUUAUCCCACCCCUGGACCAACACCCCUACUCUCCCCCUUUCUGCCUCCGCAGCUGAUAAUUUUGCCAUCAUUUUCUGGUCAUAGGGGGUGUCUCAGUCAAUUUUGUUAAGCCAUUAACCACUAAUUGUCUCCUCCCACAUUGUGGCAUGAACAAACAGCAUAGCAGGGGGGAGAGAGAGGGGCCUCCAGGGCCUUUAUAAGCCAUGGGGCACAAGAGGAGCUUGAUAGCAACCACUCCUGCCUGGACUGUACACACAGGACAUCUAUACUGGCUGAGACCCUCAGUUUUGAAAACUCUCUUCACUCUCUGUCUCAAUACUUCUGCAACUCCAAACCCUCUCUAUCUCACUCUCUACCAGUAAGGCAUUCGGGCAAGCUCCUUUUUUCUCUCUUCCUCUGUCAUUCUCUCUUUCUCUAUGUCAACCAGGAUUCUGUGGCUCCUGUCUCUCUGUCUGUGUAUGCCCUUGGCCCAGGGCCGUAUCUGGGCCUGGAUGCUCAACAUGCCCCACAGUCCCCCCAAGAAAGGAACCAUGGCUCUAAGGGACAGCACCCCUCCAGCCAACACCAAAGGAUCCACGGUAAGACACAGACCAUCCUUUUUAUGAGUUUGAAAGCAUCUUGUUUGCUAAAACAGGUUUUGUCCUAUUGACCUGUUCUGAAAUGUUUCUGAAUUUGAUAAUUGCUGAUGUGAUAAUCUCUUGCUGUUUUACCUGAGCUUGAAUUGACACACGUAUAUCUGCUUUUGCAGUAUUUUCACAUGGUCAAUCUGGUCAAGAAUGCAAUAUCCUAAAAGUAUCUGUUGUCCAGCUAAUAAAACACACACAUAUAAAGAUUCAGGAAGUAGUUUAGUCAAGCAUAAAGGCUGGAUCUAUUCAGUAGUAGCUCAACCAUCGUCAAUACUCCAGAGUUGUAAAUAGACAUUUGCAUGUUAGUGUGGUGUGAAUGGUGUGUUAGCAUUACGCUAACAAUUCAUUAGUGACGGCGCUACUCUAUUCCAGUAGCUUUCUCUGUUUGUAUUGUGUUGUAAGUGGUAGAAGAAAUUAGGACUUUAGAGCACCAAUCUUCUACUGACAAUAGCUCUAAAUCACAGCAGCAGUAAAUGGGCAGCAACACUGUGAAUGGUAUCAUCAUUGAUCUUCCUUGGUUUCCUUUCUUGGUUUUCCUCAUUGGUUUCAACUAGCUCAAAUCCAGUUAAGCAAACUUAAAUGUAGAAUCAGCGCGACGUAGUUGCAUGCAUUAAGUAAACAUAAUAUUGGGUCAAUUUCCGCAACAUCUAACAGCAUUGAAGCCUGAGGCUAAACUUCUCAGCUGUUUUGCUCCCAUAACUAACACGCUUUCGCAUGUGCAAUUACUCUGCGUGACUGAGUGAGAGCGGUCUUGACUCGCUCUCAUCUCAAUAUCUGCGGUGCUGCUCAUUGCAACAGCAUCUCGCUCAGUCUGUAAUAACACAACUUAUUUUCACUUUAUUUCCCAUAAAACAAGACAAUUACCGUUAUUUUAAUAUUUGUUUCAAGAGAGUAUAUGUUCUACAAGAUGUGAAUGCAAUGAUUUGCUUAUGAGUGUGUGUCAUCAUUAUCCCAGUUUCUAAGCUCUUGCUCUGUUUUUCAGGGUGUAUGUGAUCAUGACCGCGCCUGUGGUCGAAGCUUAUUCUGUGACCGUCACUUUGGGCUUUGUUUCCCUCUUCGUGGGGACGGGCAGUACUGCAGGAGGGACGCCCAGUGUGUCCGAGGACUCAGCUGCAUGUUCGGGAAUUGCCACCACCGCAUUCCUGAGGGACAAGAGGGUAGGCUAAGGGACAAGGGCAUAGGACUCACUUCAACAUUUGUGGGGGACACCGUACAUUUUAUUUAAGUAAAUGUACCUCAUGGUGCAAAAAAAAUGUUUGUGCUACUUUCUUUGCUGUACUGAGUGCUGGCACUAAGGGAGGGUGUCUAGAGACCUGUCUGCUUUUAAAAUAAUAAUACAAGAGAUACAUGUUUCAAGAUGACCACUGGGUGACAGGAUGUUUACUGACUAAUUGAUAAAGUAGGGAUUUGUAUAAUUAAUUAAUUAACUAAUUCAUUAAUUAAAUUAUUCACUUUCAUUAAAUUAUUCACUUUUGGCUCUGUCUUGUCUAGGUGCUAGGUGUAAAGUGGACAGGGACUGCGGCGAGUCUAUGUGCUGUGCCCGUUACCAUGGUGAGCAGUUGUGUAAGCGGCGUCUGAUGCGAGGCGUGGGCUGCUUUGUGCCCGAAGGCGGCCUAGCAUUCAGCAUCAACCAGAUCUGCCCAUGUGAUGAAGGCCUGCUGUGUCGUGGCGCUGUUGAGCCCAAAUGGAGAGAGUGAGCAUACAAUAAAUGACUUAAGAAUGACAGCAGAGCACAGGAGGCUGGUGGUACCUUAAUUGGGGAGAACGGGCUUGUGGUAAUGACUGGAGCGGAAUGAGUGGAAUGGUAUCAAAUACAUCAAACACAUGGUUUCCAUUCCAUUUGCUCCGUUCCAGACGUUAUUAUGAACUGUUCUCCCCUCAGCAGCCUCCUGUGCAGCAGAGGUCUAUCUAAAUCAUAACAACAUUAAUAGUCAUACAGUAACAAUAAAACCCAUGAUCUAUAUCAUUUAUGGCAUGAUGUUAGACAGAUUCUGACCACAUUUUUCUUUGUUUCUCCAGGGAGGAGUUUGUCUACCACCCGGACACUACAAGUUGGACCUGUCAAGCCCCUAAGCCUUGA